UGUCCAUCAGUGCCAGCAGUCAGUGCUCAUCAGUGCCACGUGCCAGUGCCCAUCAGUGCCAUAUCAAUGCCACCUAUCAGUGCCAGUCAGUGCCACCUAUCAAUGCCAAUCAGUGCCACCUAUCAGUGCUGCCAAUCAGUGCCACCUAGCAGUGCCAGUCAGUGUCGCCUAUCAGUGCGCAUCAGUGUCACCUAUCAGUGCCAGUCAGUGCCGCCUAUCAGUGCCAGUCAGUGCCGCUUAACAGUGCCAGUCAGUGCCACCUAUCAGUGCCAGUCAGUGCUGCCUAUCAGUGCCAAAUAUCAGUGCCAUAUAUCAGUGUCAUGUAUCAGGGCUGCCUUUCAGUGCCCAUCAGUGAUGCCUGUCAAUGCCCAUCAGUGCAACCUACCAGUGCCUCCUCAUCAGUGCCUAUCA